AUGCAUGGAUCCUACCAAGGCUUCGGCCAAGGAGGUGGGUAUGAUAGUCAAGGCCGAGGUAACUAUAGAGAGCAAGGCUAUCAAGGCCAAGCACCCUAUGGUCAAUCUCACGGUCUUGGCAAUCAAACUCAGUACAAUCAAGGUAGUUAUAACCCUAACCAUCAAGGUGGAGGGGGUUACAACUAUCCUUAUGGGCAAUAUAGGGGUGCUUCUAGCGGGUGCUAUCCAUCGAACCCGGGAGGACAAUAUGGUGUUUCUCAAUUUCCUCCUCCCGGAUUCAAUGGGCCAAGGACCUAUGGCAAUCAAUACCCUCAAAAUCCUAUGGGUUAUGGCAAUGCACCUCCAACACUCCCGCCUCUCAAGUCUAUCCUUGAGGCACUUAUGGAGUCGUUCGUGGGGGCGCAAGACAAGAAAAAUGUUGAGUUUGAGGAUGGAUUCAAGCAAUCCAACACUCAUUUGAAAAUGAUUGAAACUCAAUUAGCACAACUUGCUAGCACCAUCAAGGAACAACAAGUGCAUACUAGUCUCCAACCCCAAGGUCAAGCUCCUAAGCAAAUGUAUGCGGUCAUGACUAGGAGUGGGAAGAUUUUAGAUGAUGGUGCUAUGUUUGUUGAUGCUCCUUGCUCUAGGGGAGAAGGAUCUAAGGGAAAUGAGUCUACGGACUAUGAUGUGGGGGAAGAGAAGUCUCACAUUGAUGACGUGAGCGAUGGUGUGAAGCCAACGGAGGCUACUCUUCUACCUCUUCCUACUCCUCCUCUCCCCUAUCCUCAAAAGAUUUUUGGAAAGAAAUUGGAUGACCAAUUAUCCAAGUUUCUAGACACUAUUAGUAAGCUUUAUGUGUCCUUGUCUUUCACCGAGGCGCUAAAGCAAAUGCCACAUUAUUCUCGGUUCACGAGAGACAUUUUGUGUGGCAAAAGAACUUAUAGCCUCAAGGAAACCGUGCAUCUCACGGAGAAUUAUAGUGCUUUGAUCUUGAGCCUGUUUCCCCCAAAGCUCAAGGAUCUCGGGAGUUUCUCGAUUCCUUGUAGCAUCCAAAAGCUGAAAUUUCAUAACGCUCUUUGCGAUUUGGGGGCAAGCGUGAGCAUUUUUCCUUGCAAAAUCUAUGCGAAGCUUAGUCUUGGUGAUCUCACCCCUACCCCUAUGUCUUUGCAACUAACCGAUUACUCGGUUAUGUUCCCUUUGGGUAGGGUUGAUGAUGUUCCCCUUGUGAUAGGGAAGUUAACUUUUCUUGUUGACUUCAUUGUCUUGGAUAUUGAUGAGGACGCCCACACCCCUAUUAUCUUAGGGAGGCCAUUCUUGGCCACGGCGGGUGCUCUCAUUGAUGUUCAAGGUGGUCUUAUCACCUUGAAGGCGGGAGAUGCCAAGGCUAGUUUCAAGCUUCCUAUUGAUGAUGAAUGUGGUUCCAAGAAGAAGAGUUGCAUGAAGUUAGACACUAUUGCAUGCAUUGAGCAUCGUUAUGCUAACAUUUCUAAUGACUCUUGUGCUUCUAAGUUUGAUGAUAAGCUUGCUAGGAACAACAUCAAGGAGAAGAAGGUAUUUGUGAACUCCUCGGUGUUAGGUGAUUCAUUUGAUGAUGUGAUAACCAUUCCCGAGAUCUUUGGGAUGGGUCUAGAUGAUGUUAGAGCAGAAACUUCGGCUCCCCAUGGUAAGGAUUCUCCGGUCAAGAAGCCCAAGAGGGGAAAACACAAGCUUAAGGGGAUUUGGUUUGAUCCCACCUCUAUGAGUGGUGGCUUAGGUAAGUGGUUUGCGCCCAAAGGGGAAAAAAGGAGCUUUUUGACUUGUGAUGAUCGUAAGCCGGUUGCAUUUGACCCCCCAUGA